GUGUGUGUGUGUGUGUGUGUGUAUAGAGAUGUGUGCCUUCAAAUGGUAAGCCCUUUGAGGAUAACUACAUCAUAUACUUUUUUAUAUGCCUGCUGUAUUCAGUAGAAUCCACUGCAGUUAGUAAAUUCAUAUUUACUGAAUUUCUGAAAGCAUUCUGGCUCAUUCUGGUAUUUCAUGCCAGACAAAUGGCAGUGGCUGUGCCUAGGGGCCUUCAAUUACCUGGGGUGGUGGCUGGGGGAGGCAGGUCUGAGGGAAGUCUCACCAUGGAGCAACCAAGCUGAGAAGGACUUCUAUGGGCUCCUGUAGUCAACCUGAGUUUUCCUCAUGAAACUCUCUCCAGGCACACAGUGUCCACAGACCCUGGAGCUGUCUGCCAGCUCUGUUAAUCAUUCACUACCUUUGGCUUCCUUCUCGGCUACUCAUGGGCAGUGUCUGGUUUGGGGUAGGUGAUUCUUAUCUUCAAAGUCUUGAUCAGGAUGUUCACGUUGUAACGAACAACAUGCAGAUAUGGUGCCUGAGCAACCCAGACAGGACCUGAAGUGGGGCUUCUUGUCCUCAUAUGUGCCACUUUAAACCUCACAUUGGUAUUGGGUCAGUGUUGCUAUUUUCCCUCCUCCUCUGGCCUCUGGCUCACAGUUGCCAGGAACAACUGUCAAGGAGAGUGUGGGAGCUGGAGGAAGCUCUGCUGCUCCCCACUCACUAGGAUCACAGCCUCAAAGUAGUAGAAGCAACAGUAAGAAUGAGCAAAUGUGGCUCCUCUUGAGGCCUGCAGACCAUGUACUUCCUGUCCCAGCCCUGCUGAUACGCAGAAGAGCAAUACAUCUUGUGCUUCUCCCAGAUCAAAUCCAAAAACCCAAGACAAUCCCUGGGGUUCUUACCUCCCGACUUGCUUCAGAAGUGUCACCCAGAUUUUCCCCUUGAAUAUCCUUCCUCUGAUCAUCGAGCCCUAUGUGGCUCUCACGGUGUUUUGAUAAUUCAACAAAAGGGAGAUGGAGACAGGAGAUAAAUAUUCUCCUUUCUGUGCAAUAAUAUUCAUGCUGUUUAUUUUCACUUUAAUAGAAGGUUAAGUUCAACACAAUUUUUCUUUUCAGGUGAAAGGUAUGACAUGCAGCAAGUCAAAGGAGAACUCAAAUUUAUGACUUCCAGUUGAUGCAUUUUUCACUUCUUCAUGCUGCCUUCUUAGAACUGUGUUUCUGUAUCUCAAAGAAAACAGCUGUCACCUCGAUUAUGGAAUUACAGAUGACUUGUAUUGCUCUUUUUGUGAAUGUAUUUUACCUAAUUUUUCUACAAUGCCUAUACAUUGAAUAAAAAAUACAUGUUAAAAAUUUUUUAAGAGCAAACUCCCUCAGAAAGCUGAAUUAAGCUCUUCCUAAUUUACUUUCACACUCAAAUCCCUAGCCCCACCAAAUCUCUCAAUAGCAAGAAGAAAUCUGAAUUGCUGUCAUCCUCAAAGGCAGAAAGAUUUAACUUUUUUUCUGGUAUUGAUUAGACUUGAGAAUGUACGGGUAGUUGUGUAGGAGUGAGGUCUCAGAGGCAGUGCUGUGAGCUGCAUGUAAAUUCUCCUCCUCUUCACUAGGGGCACUAUCAGCACACAGGUGCUGCCUCUCUGCCCCACAGCAUUGCUUCCUUGAAGAGGAUGGUUAUGCAGACUGUGAGGUCAGUACUGUUCAUGUUGAGGGGUGAACUUCCUCUUCCCUCACCAUAAUUAUCACCCCCAGAGAAACUCCCACUGCUUGUACCUCCUACAAUAAACCCAAAACCAUCGUAGGCUUCACAUUCCCUGUACUUCGUUCUUCACCAUUCUUUCUUCCUUAUACUCAGCUGGCUGUUACCAAUACCUAGGCCUCUGUCUUCUGAGGUGCAUUAGACACUAGUGGAGUCAUAGAUAAAUGAAACUGAUGGGCUAAUCCAUGCUAGAAUGCAAAUGGCCAACACCAGCUCACUGGAGUCACUCCUCUCGACAGAACCAGCAUUUCAGGGAUUACACCUUAAUUUCUUUUAUCAGUUAGAGAUGGAUCACGGGAAUAUGAAUUUUUCAAGGAUAUUAGACCUUACGCAUUUGGAGUAAAGAAGUCUAUGGAAGGCUUUUGGCUCUCUUCUGUGUGGUGGGCUGGCGGUCCUUUCAUCUAUGAGUGGCAGCAGUCAGGAAGAAGUAUGUUACACACAAAAAAAUAAUUUGGGAAAGAGCGAGGACAAAUUGCAACCUGUGAAGACAGGCUACAGUUUGUCUUCCUCUCGUCACCUCACAGUUCAGUGGCAGUUGGCUUGCAGAAGCUUGUGUCCUUUACACAAAGAGAAGCUGAGGGAGCUAUAGGCCUGACUGCCCAUACCAAGGUAAGCAGAUCAGUAACUGAAUGUGUGAGCUGUAGGGGCACCUGGUACCCUACACCUUCAGAGUAUAGUAGGUUGCUGCUUUACUUUCAUCUUCAGAUUCUUAUCUAAACUUCUCUUGCAGUCAACUCAAUCUUAAACCACAUAGGGAAGGUUAACUCUGGGAAACAUGGCUCAAGCUUAGUCAGGUUGACACAGUACAAAAUAUCCAGUCCCUAAAGUCAGUAUCAAAAGGUAGAUUUUCAGAUCCAUUUACUGGCCAUUAGAGAUGCUGAUGUGGGGAGACAAAUGUGGGAAUGUAGAGAGAUAAGGAGUGGAGAGGAAGUGAGCUUUCUUGGUGAUCCUCAAAGCAAGUCUACAAAAGAACAAUAGAAAAGCCAGAUAGGUGCAAAAUAUAUUCAUGUAUACAAAUGCUUUUAACUAUAUGUGUCCAGAAAGAAAACCCUGUGAUUGGGCCAGAGUUAUGUUUGAGAGGUGCUGAAGGACACCUAAGGAUUUGUGGGUGCUCAGGCUUCCUCAUGAGACCAUGGCAACCCCUAGUCCCACUCCAUCCUCCUCUCUCCUCUGAGUACUGGGUAGGCAGUCCUAGGGGGAGGAAGCCAUGGGAGAAAGGGACAAGUGUGACCAGAAGCACCCCAAGGGCCCUAGAGGGGGCCUCUAAAGGCACGUUCACCAGCUUUCUUCUUUGGCAGAAGCCAGUUAGUUCCCAGUGUUCCAGAAUGGAAUGGAACAAUGAGGCUUUAUGCCACUAAAGUCGUAGGCUUGUUUCAAGAAGCAUUUCCUCUCUGUGGGGGAGCGGUGGGUGGGGCAAAAUGAUAAAAGUUGGUGGAAGGCAACUCUAUCCAAAGUCCAGACCUUGAGGUGGCCCUAGAAGGACGUGCCUGGGUUUUACUCUUCUCGCCUUCAUUAGAUCGAUUUGUGAUUCAAUGGGAACCUUUAUCGGUCACGUGUAUCCAGGGUUGUUCCUACUUGCAUAUGGACUGUAUCGAGCAGUAGUGGUCUCCAAAGCUGUGAUAUUCAGCAACUCUUUCCCAGAUCCUUCUUUGCCUCCCAAGAAUAAAGGGAGAUGGGCCAGGCUGUGGAAAAUGUCCCACGGAGGUUUGCUGAAGAUGCUGGCUGGCUCUGGCUUGAUGGCGUAUGAGAUCAGCUGCGUUGAGAGAGGGUUGACACUGAUGAACAGGGACCUGCCACCGAGAUUCACGUACGCCAAACAGUGGCAGCACCUCACCAUGUUCAUCCUCCUUACCCUCAAUGGCUGUAUAGACAUCAUGAGCAAAAAUUUGCUGCCUCAGCGCUGUGUGCCCCUAGAGAAAGGCAUCUUGGUGCUGACCUUUUACGUGCUCCUGCUGCUGUUGGCGUCGCAUGUCCAGGACUCUGCGGGGGUGGAGCUGCAGGUUCACUCUCUGCUCAUCUUGGUGGUGUUGCUGCUGAUGCUGGUGUUCACCGCCGAGCUGUGGGCUCCCGAUAUGUUUCAACUCGCUGUGAUUGAGACCUUUCUAUUUCAGAUGAUGGGUUCCUGGCUGGUACAGGCGGGCUUCAUUCUGUACAAACCAGUCUCUGGCUACCCGUGGGAGGAUGAUGACAUUAGUGACAUCAUGUUUGUUACCACCUUCUUCUGCUGGCAUGUGAUGAUCAAUGCUUUGUGCCUGCUGGGAAUCUAUGGAGUGUCUUCCUUUUGGCAUCGUUGCUACCAUCAUAGCUGGAAGCUGAUGGGGUCCAGAGAAGCUCCAUGUUACAUAUACUCCAAGAGACCCCUCUACCAAUUGCUACAGGAAGUGGAGCAGUCAGAGAAAGAUGACCAGGCUCUCCUUUCAAAGAAUUCACCCUGAGACAGGGCUUGGAAUGCCUGGCUCACUGUUUACCCCAUCUACCCCCUUGUGGGUUCUCCCAGACUUGCAGUGUACCCUCUUUGGUCCCUGGUGAAGACAUAGUGGCCCUAAAGGAGAGCCACUGGUCUCCACCUGCCAGUGCACCUCCUGUCUCUGAACAUCUAAACAUUGGGGAGACGAGAAGGGGAUGCUGAAAGGAUUGAUGGGGUUGGGAGAUGGGAGGAAGAGGAAGUGCGCAAGGAGAGUCAUAGGGGGAGAGAAUGCAAUAGAAGGGGGGGCUAUGAAGGGGUGAGAGGAGAGUCUGUUAUUCACCACCAGAUGCUUCUCCAGGCACAAGUGACUGUCUGCCUUUUACCUGAUGGAAUAUUGAUUUCUCACAACUCAAAACUAGAAUCAUUCAUCUCAUCCUGACAAAGAAUAGUGGGUACGUCCGCUUACUUAGCAAAGUGGCACCACCAUAUGGAAGAAAGAUACAUAGAAUUUAUAAUCUAUAUUGGUUGAAAUGACACUUUGCCAACUCUUCUCUCCGCCACCCCCCACCCCAACUUUCUAAUGACUGGCUUCAUUUCAAAUUCAAAUAAAUAAAGUAAAACUUUAUUAAUGUUUUGCUAUGGUGACAUUUCAAAUUUGCAGGCUUAAAACUUUUAUAGAAUUCAAAUGUUCAAUCUCUCUCCAACUUCCUCCUUUAGUACUCAUAUACCAGUCACCAUCACUACCACGGUGCAUAUAAUUUACUAGAUCCUGUCCCCCUUGGGUUGUGGCAAAUUUCACUGUCUUGCAUCUCACAGAAAGCCAUCCCACAAUCACAUCUUUGCCAUGUUCUUUGGUACCCAGCAUAAAAGCCACCUUCAUCCCAAUCCCACUGAGCACCUCCAAGGAGGCCUUCUCCAAGUCAUUCCUACUGACUCCCUUGUUCUGGAACUCCUAAGCACUUAUGCUACACCUGCCUUGUUAAUUUGCUUACACAGCUGACACUUCGCUUUGUUCUGUUUCUGCAAACAUUUUCCCUGAGCAGGUUCUUCCUCACCACAUUGAGUGUAGUCUCCUAAGAGGUAAGGACUUUGUCAUAGCCAAGUUACAUAACUUCCUAUGUAUGCACCAAAUAUGUACCAUAGGUGAUGCUUAAUAAAGGCUUUUUUGCUUCCAGAAUUUCCGCAUUCCUGUUCCUUCAAAACGUGUUGCUGGACAAACCCAAGGUUCUGGGAACCUCUGGAAGACACCAACAGUCCUAAAGCCUGAGUCACCUCCUUAGCAAUGGGCCCACUUUCUUCCUCAUUCUUGGGAUAAGGAAAUCCACUAAGCUGUUUCUGAAAUGUUUACUCUGUUAUUAUUUUUUUAAUCCUCACAUGUGUUUCUAUAAGGAACCUCUAGAAAGCUGAGACUCAGCAGGUUGACUUGUCCAAACCUUUAAUUGGUACAAGGCAAAACAGGAAUUCAAGUGCAGGUGUGUCUGACUGAAGCCAGUGACUAUGUCCUCUGGGCCACGGUGACUGUGCCGAUGGCAAUGGAAAAGGGAGUGACCCUCAAAAUGAAAUUGUUGAGGGACCUG